UCUAUGCUUUGCUGUUGGGGGUUAUGAGGCUCUGUUGCUGAGAUGUGUCUGUGACCAGGGAUGACGCGAGUGUGUGAGACCUCUGUAUGGGGCCUAAGCUCACUAGGGCUGGACGUACGGCGUCUACACGAGAGGGAAUGCCGAAAGACAUGUAUGGGUGUGACAUUUGGAGUGAAGGAUGUCAUGGAGCCCUAAGUGACAUUGCUGGCACCAUGACACCUAGCAGGGCAAUGUGGAAAAAUAGUGGGCUUGUACAUCCCUGAAAACACUGACAACAUUCAGUUUCUUCAUCCAUGGAUAGAUCAAGGGGCCACCUGAUAUGCUGACAUCAUGGGAUGCUGUUGCAGCUGCCGUGAGGGACUUCCUGACAAUCAUGCCACCAAGUUCAAGGUCACCAAUGUGGAUGAUGAGGGAACUGAACUGGGCUCGGGUAUCAUGGAACUAACGCAAACAGAGCUGGUCCUGCAUACCCGGAAAAGAGAUGCUGUAAGGUGGCCAUACCUCUGCCUACGCCGCUAUGGAUACGAUUCUAAUCUCUUCUCCUUUGAGAGUGGUCGGCGAUGCCAGACUGGUCAAGGGAUCUUUGCAUUUAAAUGCUCUAGAGCAGAAGAAAUCUUCAACCUGUUGCAGGAGUUGAUGCAGAGGAACAGCAUAAGUGUGGUGGAAGAACCAGUCAUCAUUACCAGGUCUGGGCACCCAGCAGAGAUUGACCUGCAACGUAACCAACAGACUGCAGGAGCUUUGGGAUAUGCUGGAUUUCCCAAUGGGUUUCACAGCUUUCCUCGUGAUGGCCCCUCCUAUCCUUCGUCUUGUCACCCUACAAUGGGAAACGUAAGGCACUCUUCUAUUGGGGAUCAGUCCACACAUGGCCUAAUAAUACCAGAAGAUCAGUCUCAUACUUAUGUGAAUACAGCCAGUGGCAAUGAAGAAAUGGGAGGAAGGCACUGCAUGCACUCCCUGCCUGAGGCACAUACGCCCUAUCAUGAACCACCAAGAAAUCAUCUGGCCUCAGGAUGCUCCAUGGAAGAUCGAAAUCCACAGGUUUUUCUCCAGCCUGGCGAGGUGAAAUUUGUGCUGGGGCGAGCACCUGCAUACAGUCGACUGCCUAUGAGAGCAGAUGGAUUCUGCCGACAUCAUAGGGACUGCAAGGGCUGUAUCUGCAGUGGUGAUAGGGAUCCCUUACAACCACACAAUAACAACAAUGAGUGCAAAGAUCAGUGGAGCACACACAAGUGUGCCUAUGAGAAUAUCAAUGGCCUGGUGCCACCAGGAAGCAUAGCUCUACGAAGAGGGACUACCAACAGGAGUCUUAAAUUAACUCCAGAGGGCCUGCCUUUCAAUAGCUGUGCUCACCGCAGGACAGCCAUGCUUCAUUAUGAAAACCUGCCUUCACUUCCCCCAGUGUGGGAGUGCCAAUCCUUACAACAGGAGGAUGACGAAGAGGAAGAGGACGACUCUGCUGAGGCCAUGACUCUGUCUUUAAACGGAUACCAUGAUGACCCUUGUCAAAACUAUAUGAAUGCAGAGAACACUUCAGCAUGUAGUAGCUAUCACCAUCAUCGACCUAACUGUCAAACCCACCGGAGCUGUCCAUCAAACGUAUUCAGCUUUGACUUUAGACGACCACAUGCAGAACAGAGGCAACUUAACUACAUCCAGGUGGAGUUGGAGGCAAAGAGUGAGAGUAAGGGCAGACAGAUCCCCCAGAUAACCUGCACUCCAGCUCCAAAUCACCUACAACACCGUGCAGACUCCUAUGCUGUGAUCGACCUCAAAAAGACAGCUGCCAUGUCCAGUCUGCAGAGAGCGAUGCCUCGGGAUGAUGGCACAUCAAGAAAAACCCGGCACAAUAGUACAGACCUGCCCUUGUAAAAAAAAAAAAAAAAAAAAAAAAAAAAAAUAGCCCACAUUUUUAUU